AUGUUGAAUCAAGCACUAGAAAAUACAACUUUAGAAUAUGGUGGAUUAUCGUAUCGAACGGAACGAGUUCAUCACAUUCGGAGGGAAUCUCUCAAAAUAAAUACACUUGGAUUACUCCAUCGUCUUUGGCCACAGCUAGUUUGGGUAUCUACAACAAUAGGAGAUUCAUUUUCUCUGUACAAGAAAGAGAUAAAAUUUUACUGUGGAGAAAAAUUAUAUUUAAUUAAUUUCUCUGGCUAUGGUACAAGUGAAGGUGACUUUACAAGUCUAGCCAGUGUUCAUACAGCUGAAUAUUUUCUAUCACCAACAACGGCAUUUGUUGAAUUAAUCAAAGAAGAAGACAUGCAUCACGUUCAAUCGAAAACUCUCCUGAUCUCAGAGAUUACAUCAGGACAUCGAUAUGAAUUGGUUUGCAUCACCGAUUCUGUAUUAAUUCGAUACCGAAUAGGAGAUGUAGAUACUUGUACAAGAUUUCUUUCCGAAGCAGAUGAUGCUGUUCUAUUAGCAUUUAAAAAAACAGAGAUACCUCGAAUACCUCUUAUUUCGAUUGCAUAUCGUACUGGAAAUCUUCUUAGUAUAAGUGGAGAAAAUACAACUGAACAACAUGUGAUGAUUACUCUUCGACAAACUGUUCAGAAAUGGAAACAACACGGCAUAUAUGUCGAUAUCAAUGAUUUUAUACUAUAUCCGAAACUAGAUGCAUUUCCAGCUCGAUAUGUUAUGUUUUUAGAAUUGGUUCACGAAAACUCUCAACAUGACAAUAAAGUAAUUAAUCAACAACAAAAAAUACUACAAAAUAAUGAAAUUAUGUCUGAAAUUGAACAACAACUUUGUGAAGCAAAUCACAUCUACAAAGAUCAUCGAGACGGCGACAAAUUGGAUCCAAUUACUUGUAUCCUUGUACGUACUGGAACGUUUUCCAUUUUCUUAAACAAAAUUUUGGUGAACACACAUGUUAGCAUAGUUCAAAUUGUACCACAUCGAGUGCUAAAAAAUGAAGAACAUAUUCAAUUCUUCUAUGAUAGUAGAAUUGUUAACCCUAAUUAG